AUGAUUAAGACUCUGCCUUUUCUUCUGUCUUUCUCUCCCCCGCGGCUUCUGCAUUAUCAGCAGAAGGAGUGUAGGUCACCCCCUGAACAGCAACAGCAACAGCAGCAGCAGCAGCAACAGCAGCAGCAGCAGCAGCAGCAGAAGGAACAGCAACAUCAUCAACAUUAUCAUCAUCAACAACAACAACAGCAGCAGCAGCAGCACCAACAUCACCAGCAACAAUAG